AAUAUUUAUAGAGCUUUCUUGGAGUGAAUGAACAUUUUUAUCCUCCAUGGGAGGGGGAAGUGAGAAAUGCUGCUUAAGGGCUUGGCUCCUCCCUUAGGGGUAACGGGUUCUAGGCCGAACACCUGGUUUCUCCAGCUUCAGUGGAGGAAGGCGGAGUUACUGCUCUGUUCGGCCAGCAGGGAACUACAUUUCCCAAUGUGCUUUGCCCCCGCCGCUGUCCUUUCCUGCUUUUACUUCCCGUGGGGCCUGACGGGAAUUGUAGUUCCUGGGAGAUACCCAUGUCACUUCGUUGACCAAUGAGAGGAGACGACCUUAAAUGAUUGGAGUUUGGAGCGGGGAACAAGUUGCAAGUGUGCGGCGAAUCCUUUUUGCCACCCUAACAGAAGAGGAAGGCAUAAAAGAGAGGGGUAGUCAGAGAGUAGCUUUCUCAGAACGCCGCAGGGGUUUUAGAUUCCUGGUAUUUGAACUCUCUUACUUUCAGUUUGUCCCUUUGAAGUCACUUCCGCCUUGGGGCGGACGCAAGCCAAACCUGUGGCGGGAGUUGGAGAUUCUGCAGCGAAUACACCAGGAUCAGGAUGCCUAAAGUUCAUAAGAUAAAAAAGUCUCUUACACCUCAGAUUUCUUGUUUGACAAAUGAAGAUUCUUAUAAACAGUUGGAUUUUUUGCCUGACAAACUAAGAGCAAAGCUGCUUCCUUUCCAGAAAGAUGGCAUUGCGUUUGCCCUCAGAAGAGAUGGCAGGUGUAUGGUGGCUGAUGAAAUGGGUCUAGGAAAGACAAUCCAGGCAAUUGCAAUUGCUUACUUCUAUAAGGAGGAAUGGCCUCUUUUAAUAGUGGUCCCUUCAUCUCUGAGAUAUCCCUGGAUGGAAGAAAUAGAGAAAUGGAUCCCAGAGCUGAGUCCAGAAGGUAUCAAUGUUAUUCAGAAUAAAACUGACGUGGGGAGAAUAUCAACCAGCAAAGUGACAGUUCUGGGUUAUGGUCUUUUAACCACAGAUGCAGAGACUUUGGUAGAUGCAUUGAAUAAUCAGAAAUUCAACGUAGUUAUAGUGGAUGAAUCACACUACAUGAAGUCCAGGAAUGCAACCCGCAGCAAGAUUUUAUUGCCAAUAGUACAGAAAGCCAAACGAGCCAUUCUUCUUACAGGAACUCCAGCUUUGGGAAGGCCUGAAGAGCUUUUCAUGCAGAUUGAAGCUCUCUUUCCACAAAAAUUUGGAACAUGGACGGAGUAUGCCAAAAGAUACUGUAAUGCACAUAUCAGAUUUUUUGGUAAAAGGCCUCAGUGGGAUUGUAGAGGGGCAUCAAAUUUGAAUGAACUUCAUCAGCUAUUAAGUGACAUAAUGAUCAGAAGAUUGAAGACUGAUGUUUUAACCCAGCUGCCCCCUAAAGUCAGACAGCGUAUUCCCUUUGAUCUUCCAUCAGCAGCUGCCAAGGAAUUGAAUACCAGCUUUGAAGAGUGGGAAAAAUUAAUGAGAGCUCCAAAUUCAGGUGCCACCGAGACUGUCAUGGGGUUGAUUACCCGCAUGUUUAAACAAACUGCUAUUGCCAAGGCAGGUGCUGUAAAGGACUAUAUUAAGAUGAUGCUUCAGAAUGAUUCACUUAAAUUUCUGGUUUUUGCUCAUCAUUUAAGCAUGCUCCAAGCUUGCACAGAAGCAGUCAUAGAAAACAAGGCUCGCUACAUUAGGAUAGAUGGAAGUGUUCCAUCUUCAGAAAGAAUACAUCUAGUUAAUCAGUUUCAAAAGGAUCCUGAUACUCGUGUGGCUAUCCUAAGCAUUCAGGCUGCUGGCCAGGGUUUGACAUUUACUGCUGCAACUCAUGUUGUAUUUGCUGAGUUGUAUUGGGACCCUGGACAUAUAAAACAAGCAGAAGACCGGGCUCACCGAAUUGGACAGUGCAGUUCUGUGAAUAUUCACUACCUUGUUGCAAAUGGGACUCUGGACACCCUUAUGUGGGGGAUGUUGAAUCGAAAGACACAAGUUACAGGGAGCACAUUGAAUGGUAGGAAGGAACAACUUCAGGCUGAGGAAGGUGAUAAGGAAAAAUGGGAUUUCCUGCAGUUUGCUGAAGCUUGGAGUCCAAAUGAAAGCUGUGAAGAGCUCAGGAAUGAAAUUUUGUUCACUCACUUUGAAAAAGAAAAACAGCAUGAUAUUCGAUCAUUCUUUUUACCGAAACCUAAGAAAAGACAGUUGGUGACCUCCUGUGAUGAAUCAGGGAUAUUCCAAGAGAAAAAUACUGUCGUGCCAGCAGACCCUGGAAAAAGAGCCACAAGACAUAUCAUUGAUUAUGAAAGCAAUGUUGAACCUGAAGCUAAAAGAUUGAAGUUGGUCACCACCAAUGACCACUGCAGUGCCCCAGAGGAGAAACCAUCCCGGCCCAGGCAGACCACGGCUCUAGCCCAGGCAACCAGCCCAAUCCUUCCUGGAAAGGGCUGGCAGUGUGCUUUCUGCACCUAUAUCAAUAACUCAGCGUUACCUUACUGUGAAAUGUGUGAGAAUCCUCCAGGCAGAGCUGAUAGCCUCAGCUCUACCCAGGAUAAAAACGAAGGUGAGAAAGGUGAUCCUCAGAAAGAUACUUCCAAAAACGUUUGGACUAGUUCUGACUGUGAAAAACAAGUCCUUGCACCCUCAGAACCUAACCUGUUGGCUGAAAACAAGGAAGAAAUAUCAGAAAUCAAGAGAGAAGACGGACUCACACCCCAGCCAGGUGAUGAACAGUUGAAGAGUUCAGACAACUUGCCAGUGUAUGAUACCUUAAUGUUCUGUGCAAGUAAGAAUACUGACCGGAUUCACCUCUAUACUAAGGAUGGAAACCAGAUGAACUGUAACUUCAUUCCUUUGGAUAUAAAAUUAGACCUUUGGGAAGACUUACCUGCAAGCUUUCAGCUGAAACAGAAUCGCUCCCUGAUUUUGAGGUUUGUUCGAGAAUGGAAUAGUCUAACUGCCAUGAAGCAAAAGAUAAUCAGGAAAAGCGGGCAGCUCUUCUGCAGCCCAGUUCUUGCUUUGGAAGAGAUCACAAAGCAACAAACCAAGCAAAAUAGUACUAAAAGAUACAUCACCAAAGAAGAUGUUGCUGUAGCCUCACUGGACAAGGUGAAGAAGGAUGGGGGCCAUGUCCGUCUGAUCAUGAAGGAGUCCAGGCCACGGGAACCUUCUACACAAAAGUUCCUUGAUGAUGGCGUGUGUGUCCCAUUUCUAAAUCCCUGCAUAGCCCAAGCUGAUCUCACUGGGAAGCCUUCUAUAUCCAAAGGCUAUCUGCAAGCUAUGGAUAAUGAAGGAAAUCCACUUUGCCUUCGCUGUCAGCAACCCACUUGCCAAACUAAGCAAGAGUGUAAAGUGAAUGCUUGGGAUUCACGAUUUUGCUCUCUGAAAUGUCAGGAAGAGUUUUGGAUUCGAUCUAAUAACAGUUACCUGCGAGCCAAAGUAUUUGAAAUUGAACAUGGUGUGUGUCAGCUAUGUAAUCUGAAUGCACAGGAACUCUUUUUACGUCUGAGAGAUGCCCCCAAAAGUCAGAGGAAGAAUCUUCUGGACAUUACCUGGAUCUCAAAGCUCCCAUUGGAACAGCUUAAUGAAAUGAUAAGAAACCCAGGAGAAGGGCAUUUCUGGCAGGUGGACCACAUCAAGCCCGUGUCGGGUGGAGGAGGACAGUGCUCUCUGGACAACCUGCAGACGCUGUGCACAGUGUGUCACAGAGAGAGAACUACCAGGCAAGCUAAGGAAAGAAGCCAGGGGAGAAGACAAUCUCUAGCAUCAAAGCAUGGAUCAGACAUCACAAGAUUUUUGGUGAAGAAAUGAAGUAUAAAAAUUUUUGAGUGGAUGACAAAUGGUUUACAUGUGGAGGAACUGAAACCUUUUUUUUCAUGUUUCUCAGAUUGAGUGAACAUUUUGAGAGCAAAAAAUCAAGAAUUCAACUUUCUCUCAUAUUAUAUGCUUUUAGUGUCCAAUACCUUUUGAAAGUACUUAACACAAACUGAGAUACAAUACUAAAUAUUUCUGUGAUCUUCUUGAUUUCAGGCAGGCUCUCAAUUAUGUUUCAGUAAGGUUUUGUUAAGCUUUCAUUUCCCCCUGCAGUACCUUAAUCAUGGUAUUAUGUAUAGACUGUAUUUGAAAAAUAUACUCUCAGUUACUUGGAAAAUGCUCAGUAUUGCUUCUGAACUGCUGUGUGGAGAUGCAGAACACUGGAAAACUGCAAGGGAAAUUUCGGAGGCAAAUCAUUCAGGAAUUCGGGGUCAAGCAUGACCUUCCUGGUUAGUAUGCAAGAGAGACUCUUGUUCUCUGACUGCCUCCAAAAUGGGCUUCGGGUACACAUUUUGAGUGUCGCCCUAUUUGUUUUAUUCCUUAGCAGAUUGUUUUUAUUGAAAAGAUGCUUCUGAAAAUAAGCUAAUUGGACCUAUGGUGUUGAUAGACAAUUUGGGGUUCUAGAUAGCAAGUAAUUGUUAAAACUAUUUAAAACUGAAAACAUAAAAUGUAAAAUGUCACUUACUUAAACUUCAUUUUUCAGUUAGUUAGUUUAUGUUAAUGCAUAAAACUAGGCUCACAGUCCAAGCGCCCUUUGUCUCCUGGUUAUCAUUUUGUUUUUAAAAUCCCGGUCUUAUUAGAAGUGUAUUCCUGGUACCUCUUUAAAAAGGAAUGAGGAUGAUAAAACACUUAUACUAAAGCAUGAUCAGAUGGAGAUAAAGGUUUAAAAAAUACAAUGAUAAUAUGUCACUGACAUUCAAAAAUAAAAGCAUGACAAUGAAAACCAGGGUACAGUCCUGCAAAAUGUCAAAGUCAUGAGAGGAAAGAGAACUACACAAAAUACAGGUCCAAGCAAGAAUUACAUUCACGAAAGGCCUAUUUGUAAACACUGUUUGGAUAUAAAUUUCAUUUAUUUAUUUGAGCACUUUACAAUUUUCAUUAGUAACUGAUGCUCUACAAUGUGUAGAGGACUUGUUUUUAGAAAGACUAUCCAAUCAUGAAUUAUCCUUCCAGAGUUCUUAAGGUUUAUAACUAUCUUAUUGCAUGAGAUCAAAUAGUGUUGUUUAUUUUAUAAAUUAGGCCAGGCUUUCUUUUGCCUCCUUUCUGCUUUGCUGGCCAGGCUCUUUGCAGUUUUCUGCCUCAUUGCCAGGGUUACCUAGGAUUCCUCACGGCUGAGAGCUGAGAAAUCAGCUGAGAGCUGAGAAACCAGCAGGCUGCUUUUCCUCCAGCAUGGGGUGCUUGCAAGUGAGACUUAGGUCUAAGUAAGUAGUUCAGGUGUCAGUGGCAGUUACCGCUUUAGAUUAAACUAAGGUGGCAGUUCUAGGAAUAAAGUUCCCAGAUAUAAUAAAGGAAUGAUGUUUGAGAUUAAAUGACCCAUGUGCCAGAUUUCAAAAUCCCAAACCAAAUAAAAAUACCAUAAAAGCAUCAAAAAGAAUAAAAUACUUACUUAGGAAUACAUUUAGCUAAAGAGGUGAAAGAUAUGUACACUGAAACUAUCAGACUUUGAUGAAAAAAAAAACUGAAAAAGAUAUAAAUGGAAAGAUAUUCCAUAUUCAUGGAUGGGAAAAAUUUAUAUUCUAAGAAAGUACAUACUACCCAAAGAAAUCUAUAGAUGCAGUAUAAUCCCUAUCAAUAUUCCAGUGGCAUCUUCCAUGGAAAUAGAAAAAGAAAUUCUAAAAUUUGCUCGGAACCACAAAACUCAAAAUAGCAAAGCAAUCUUGAGAGAGAAGAGCAAAGCUGGAGGAAUCAGGCUUCCAGGUUCAAACUAUAUUACAAAGCUAUAGUAAUCAAAACAUUAUGGCAUAGCUAAAAACAAACCCAUAGAUCAAUAGAAGAGCAUAGAGAGCCCAAUAACACUAUGCCUAUAUCUUCAACUGAUUUUUUUUUUUAAGAUUUAUUUAUUUUAUUUUAGAGACAGAGCACAAGGGGAAGGGCAGAAAGAGAGAGAGAAUCCUCAAGCAGACUUCCAGCUCAAAGCCCGACACCAGGCUGGAUCUCACAAACCUGAGCCGAAACCAAGAAUCAGCCACUUAGCCAACUGAGACAUUCAGGUGUGCCCCCCUUUCCUAAUUUAUUUAUUUUAUUUUAGAGAGAGAGAGUCAACUGAUUUUCAACAAACGAGCCAAGAAUAUGUAAUGGAGAAAGGAUAGUCUCUUCAAUAAAUGGUGAUGGGAAAACUGGACAGCCACAUGCAAAAGAAUGAAACUGGACCCCCUACUUUGUAGCAUAUACACAAAUCAAUUCAAAAUUGAAUAAAGACGAAACAAUAGAACUCCUCAAAGAAAACAGGGAAGAUUUAGGUCCGAGAUGGCGGCUAGGAAGACCUUUAACUUACCUCUUUCCAUAGACACACCAAAUCUAUACCUACAUAUAGAGCAGUUCCUCCUAAAGAAGAACUGAGGACUGAUUGAACAGCUUCUGUACAACAGAGGAUAGAGAGACCACAUAGAGAAUAGCAGGAGAAACAGAGACACGGUAACAACAGGAAACCCAACGCUGAGGUAAACUGCAGUGGGAAGGGAUGGCACAGAGGGACUCAUGCACAGAUUCACCCAUGCUGGGGCAUGGAAAAAAGCAGCAGUUCAAAAGGCAACUACACUACCAGUGAACCAACCCUAGAGCAUUCAACAGUGAAGGAACUGCUGGAACUUUCUCCAGACUCAGAGGUGCUAGUGAGUACCAUUGUUUACAUUCAUCCUUCACCUUGAUGGCACAGAUGGGCUCAAGGUCCCAGCACUCUAGCCAGCCUGCUGCAUUAGCAAACACCAGGGCCCUAGCCCACACCAGCCUGACAUCUCCCCAAGGCAGCCCCUGCACACAUGCCUGCCCAACCUCCAGUUGUCCCACCAAGGUGAGCCCAACACAGUGCACACCCGGUCAUUCCUUUAGUGUGCCCAUUCCAGCUGCAGCCAACUUACCAAGAUAAUACAGGCACAAAACACUCCAAGACACCCCAGGCCUCCAACUGUUUUAGCUGCAGCCAACUCACCAGGGCACCCCCUGUGUGAGGCCACACCCACUACAGCUGGAACCAUCCCUCCAGGAUUCUCCAAGCACAGAAUGCCCUGGGACCACCCAACCCAUGCCCACUUCAGUUCCAGCUACCCCACCAGGGCACCCCUUUAUGGAGCACCUGUCCAUGCCUGCUUCAUCUCCAGCCAUCUUACCAGAGUGGCCCUAGGGUAGGCUGCCCAAGGAAUUCUCAGGCCACAGCUCUAACCAGCCAGCCAAAACCACGAGACAUACAGUCUACACCAGGGAUAUUCCUAUGCAAGUCCUGUCAUCCAGAAUGGGAGAGGUAGCUGUUUUGCCUAAGUGAAAAGAAAGUAAAACAAAAUGAAGACAGGAAUAUCCUCCAAACAAAAAAAAUGAGACAAAACUUGAGGAAAAAACUAAUUGAAAUGGUGAUCACCAGUCUAUGAUAAGGAGUUAAAAGUAAUGGUCAAAAAGAUGCUUGUCAGACUUGAGAAAAGAGUGGAUGAAAGAUGGAAGUAUCACAAUUCCACAUUUCAAGAUAUACUACAAAGCUCUAGUAAUCAAAACAAUAUGGUACUGACACAGAAAUAGACACAUAAAUCAACAGAACAGAGAGCCCAGAAAUAAACCUACACAUAUAUGGUCAAUUAAUCUACGACAAAGGAGGCAAGAAUGUGCAAUGAGGAAAAGGCAGUCUCUUUAAUAAAUGGUGUUGGGGAAACUGGACCACUUUCUUAUACCAUACACAAAAAUAACUCAUAAUGGAUUAAAGACUGAAAUGAGAGAUCUGAAACGAUUAAAUUCCUAGAAGAGAACACAGGCUGUUAUUUCUUUGACAUUAGCCAUAGCAACAUUUUUCUAGAUCUGUCUCCUAAGGCAAGAGAAACAAAAGCAAAAGUAAACUAGUGGGACUACAUCAAAAUAAAAAAGCUUCUGCACAGCAAAGUAAAUCAUCAACAAAACUAAAAGGCAAACUAUAGAAUGGGACAAUAUUUGCAGAUAACCUAUCCUAUAGGGGUUAAUAUCCAAAAUAUAUAAACAACUCCUAUAACUCAACAUCAAAAGAAUGAUAAUCCAAUAAAAAAAUUACUUGAUUACUUGAAUAGAUAUUUUUCCAAAGAAAAUACAGAUGGCAAAUAGAUAUAUGAAAAGAUGCUCAUUACUAAUCAUCAGGGAAAAGCAAAUCAAAUGGCUAAUAUAAAAAACACACAAAAUAACAAGUGUUGACAAGGAUGUAGAGAAAAAGGAACUUCAUGCUCUGUUGGUGAGAAGGCAAAUUGGUACAUUCUCUAGGGAAAACUGUAUGGAGGUUUUUUUGGAAAAUUAAAAAUGGAAAUAAUAUAUGAUUCAGUGAUUCCAGUGCUGGGUGUUUACCCAAAGAAAAUGAAAACACGAAUUUGAAAAGAUAUAUGUACCCCUAUGUUUACUGCAUUAUUUACAAUAGCCAAGAUAUGGAAGCAGCCCAAGUAGCCAUCAGUAUAUGAAUGGAUAAAGAAGAUAUAUAUAGGGGCGCCUGGGUGGCUCAGUUGUUAAGCAUCUGCCUUCAGCUCACGUCGUGGUCCCAGGGUCCUGGGAUCGAGCCCCACAUCAGGCUCCCUGCUUAGCAGGGAGCCUGCUUCUCCCUCUGCCUGCUGCUCCCCUGGUCGUGCUUGCCCUCUCUCUCUGUCAAAUAAAUCUUAAAAAAUAUAUAUAUAUAUAUAUACAUACACACACACACACACACACAUAAUGGAAUAUUACUCAGACAUAAAAGAAGAAUGAAACUUUACCAUUCCUGACAAUAUGGAUGGACAUAGAAGACAUUAUGCUACAUGAAAUAAGUCAGAAAAAAGACAAACACCAUAUAUUUUCACUUAUAUGUGAAAUCUAAAAAAAAACAAAAGCAGAAACAGACUCUUAAAUACAAAGAACUAACUGAUGGCUGCCUAAGGGGAAGAGAGAGGCAAAACAGGUGAGGGUGUUUUCCACUUACAGUAAGUUACAGAGAUGGAAAAUACAGCACAGGGAAUACUGUCAAUAAUAAUGUAAUAAUUUUGUAUAAUGAAAGUGACUACACUUACUGUGGUGUACACUGAAUAAUGUAUUGAACUGAUGCAUCACUAUGUUGUACAGUUCAAACUAAUAUAGUAUGUCAACUAUACUUCCAAAAAAGUAGAGUGAGCCCCUUGAUAGCAGUCUUGGCUGCAGUCUUUUGGAUUUGACAUCAAUAGCAACAAAAGCAAAAAUAAACAGGUGGGACUAUAUUAAACUUAAAAGCUUCUAUAAAGUAAGGAAACUAUAAGCAAAAUGAAAAGACAACCUCCACAAAGAAAGAAAAUAUUUGCAAACAUAAUAAGAGGUUAAUAUCCAAAAUAUAUAAGGAACUCAUACAACUUAAUAGUAAAAAAACCCAAUUUAAAAAUGGGCAAAGGACCUGAAUAGACAUUUUUCUAAAGAAUGCAUAAAAUGGCCAGUAUCACUAAUCAUCAAGGAAAUGCAAAUCAAGACCACAAUGAGAUACCACCUUGCACUGGUCAGACUGACUACUAUCAAGACAAGAGAUAAUAAAUGCUGGUGAAGAUAUGGAGAAAAAGAAACCCUUAGGCACUACUGGUGGGGAUGUAAAUGUAAAUUUCCACUAUGGAAAAUGUGUUGGGGGCGCCUGGGUGGCUCAGUCAGUUAAGUGGCUGCCUUUGGCUCAGGUCAUCAUCCCAGGGUCCUGGGAUCAAGCCCCACAUCCAGCUCCCGGCUCAGCGGGAAGCCUGCUUCUCCCUCUCCCACUCCCCCUACUUGUAUUCCCUUUCUCGCUGUGUCUCUCUCUGUCAAAUAAAUAAAAUCUUUUUUUCUUGAAAAAAAAAAAAAGAAAAAAUAAUGUGUUGCUUCCUCAAGAAAUUUAACACAGAACUACCAUAUGAGACCACAAUCACACUACUCCAUAUAUACCCAAAGUGAAUGAAACCACUAUCUCAAAGAGGUAUCUGUACACAUUCCUUGCAGCUUUAUUCACAAUAGUCAAGGUAUGGAAACAACCUAAGUGUCUGUUGACAGAUGAAUGGCUAAAGAAAGUGUAGUAGGUGUCUACAAUCAAUAUUAUUCAGUUUUUAAAAAGACAGAAAUCUUGGUGGGGUUCCAAGAUGGCAGCAUAGGAAGAUAUCCUGAGCUCACCUCCUCCCAUGGACACACCAAAGUUACAGAUACAUAUAGACUAAUUCUCUGAAAAAGAUCUCUAAAGACUUACAGAACAGCUGUUCUACAACACAGGGCAGAAAAAAGAGAGAAACCCACCUACAAACUGGUGGGAGGGGCAGAGAAGUGCUCUUGCCAGGAAUCCUACCUCCAGCACAUCAACCCACAAGAGGGAGGGAUAUCACAAACUCACAGGUCCUCUCUGAGGAACAAGGGGUUUGAGCUCCACAUCAGACACCCCACCCAUGGGACUUGCACUGAAAAGAAAAGCCCCCAAAACAACUGCCAUUGAAAUCAGCAGAGCUAACAUCCAGGAGAGCCAGAAGACUAUAGGAAACUGAGAUUCUGCUUUUCAAGGGCUGACACACAGACUCCCUUGCUACAAGUCCCAGUGCAGAAGCAGUAGUUUGAGAAGCUGGGCUCUGUGUGAGGGAAGUUCAUUUAUUAGUCUUAGGGAGUAUACCAGAAGGGCGGGGGGUUGACUAUAGAUCUCUGCAGAGAGAGGUGCUGACAGGUGAAUUUUAAUUUUCUCUCCUUCCUUGCUAGUCCUGU